AUGGUGGGUUGGAAUGAUCUGAAUGACAUCGUGGACAGCUUUGACCAAACCCUACUUGAACCUAUAGAGGCUAUGCCAGAAACUGAAGAUAGACAAGCAGUACCGGGACAAAACGUAUACGCAUGCCUCACUGUGGCUAUCACCGCACACUUUAAUCCGCAUGCUUACGUUGAAUUCCAGCGAUACUUAUUUAAAAGGACACUACAGGAUACACCUAACAUUGACGAUUUUUACUAUACGCUCAAGCAGCUAGUGGAAACCUGUCAAUAUGCGCAGCCAAAUGCAGAGAUAAAAUCUCAGAUCAUAAUGGGAUGUAGACUAGAUAAGGUACAUGACAAAGGAUUGAGAGAUCCAGAUGUAACCUUAGAUCAACUUCUACAAUACGCACGGAACCUAGAAGUCACAUAUGCACAUUCCCAAAUGAUUAAAAGCCAAACAGUCAACACUGUUCAUAAAGCUAAGCAACAAUUAACGACCAAACGUCACCCUGCCAAGCACCAAACUAAGAAACACACUUUCAAUCAACCAGAGCCAGCAACCUGUAACAAAAACUGCAAGAACAAGUGUCGUAAUUGUGGAGGUCAGUGGCCACAUCAGGGUGGACACACUUGCCAUAGCUGCGGUAAGCAGAAUCACUUCACAGCAGUUUGUUUAUCAAAACCACGAGUAAACAACAUUGAAAUUGAGGAUGACGUCGAGUACACCUACAAACUAAACAUGAAGAGCCAAGUCUCCUCGCCAUAUUUUAAGGUCAAAGUUGAUGACAGUUACAUUACCAUAAUGGCAGAUUCGGGUGCAAGUGUCAACAUUCUCUCUGAGAAAGAUUACCUCUCCAUGAAACACCCGCCCUAG